AUGACUACUUCAACCCCCCCAUCUCCACCGUUCCUACGUCUUCCUCUGGAGCUUCAAAGCGAGAUAGUAUCCUAUCUCCCAUUCGCAGACCAACUUUCUAUCUCAUUAACAUGCUCUGACCUUAGUGCAUGCCUCACCAGUCCCCAAAAUCUCAAAUCUAGAUACUCUUCCUGUCCUUUCGAUGAGCUCAGCUUUAAAGGCCUAUAUAUAUACCCACCGGACAAUACAGUUCCGGGAGUCAAGACGCAUCUCCUUCUUCAAUCAUUUGGUGAUCUGAAUCCUUUAGCCGUCCAUCCUGAAUUAUUUUGCACCGUGCAAUCCGGCGAAAUUAGAGAAUAUCUCUACUUAAAGGGCUAUUCUUACUUUGAGAAACCCAAAAGCGUUGAAGGAGCGAGGUUGGAAGGGUAUACCUGGGAUGAAGAAAACGCACUGACUACGGAUUUUUAUGAUUCGGGAAGGUUUGCAGACCUGGAUUUUGAAACAAUAUGGGACCCUAAAUCAGAGGAACCAGAGGGAGGCAAGAAAACGAGAUGGAUUAUGCACCCCCACCCGGAAAAGAGGCCUGGUGCUGUUCUCUAUAACGGGGUUAUUGAUAUCUCGAAUUCACCAUUUCUUGACGAACCUUGCUUCUUAUAUGCAACUUGUGGGAUUGGAGAAAACGCAAAAGAAGAGGAACUUGAGACUGAAUUUGUUCAGGUAACCCUUCUGGACGAGCCUCUAAAGAACAAUAACUCUCAGGGAGAAACCCGACCCCAAUACCACGAGAAUAGCCAAAUCAAAUCCGUCAUCAAAGCAACGAAAGAUCUCACGGUCAGACAGUUGCUUGAACGAGUGGUUGGAUCUCUAUACGAGGGAAUCUUGGCAGUUACGGGUCCAUCCGAUGAGGUAUUGAAUAUGAAAGUAGAUCCUCUUUAUUAUGAUGAAUACGGCUGCCAUUGGGAGAUUGGCGCUGCAGCACUUAAGUCUUCCAUUGCAGAGCUACAGGAUAUGGUUUGGGUGCGGGUGUGUGGUGGCGAGUGGACCGAAUACGCGAUACUUCCUAGGGGAUUAGUAGAGGAAGUUAAAGGUAUUUAUUCCACAGAGGGCACUGAAAAUCCGCCUUAA